AUCCUCUUCUUCAUUGCUCGAAUCCGAUAGGCUGUGUGCCUCUUCUCCGACACAAUUGCUCUUCUUCCAAUCAAUCGCUCAAAGAUUUAUUCUCGCCUAUUUGGUAUCAAAGAGCGCCUAGGGUUUGAUUUGUAAAUGAAGGUGGGACAAGGAACCCUGGUGGGGUUUGUACAGUAUCUUUUUACUCUUGAGGAGGAGAUUGCUGCGCUGCGGUUUAUGUGUAUGAAAUUUAGCUUGAGCCUCCCUUAGGUUCAAGGGAAAGGACUUGGAAAGUUCUUGAUGUAGUUAAUUUAACUUAUUGCUAGAAAGCUUAUUUCAAUUUUUGUUGCUUUUUAUCUUAAAUUGAAUUGAAUUUGAUUUUCUUGAGUUUUCAUCUUUUUUGUAAAAUCAAUGGGUGCUAUGAUGUUAACUGUUCAGAAAGCAAGCUUUUUGGCUGCGAAUGUUUACAAAAGCAAGCCGAGGUAAGCAAAUGAAUAUGGAAAUAUUUUUCUGGAGCCUUAAUGAAAUAGUUAUGAUCAU